AUUAUAUAUGGACUGACAAACAGAAAAUUCUUAUUGUGACGAUACAAGGUUUUGAAAACCUAAUUGAAUUGUGUAGCACGUCGAAAGUAUUGAGACUAUUGGUAGUUAGCAACGGUAUAAAUUGUUUCGCCUAUACCUCAAGCGAGGCUUUUGAAUUUGAACGUUACUUUAAUGAGUAUCCCUGAGUCACAAGCAAAGCACCUUAUUACGCUAUACUUUAACCAGCUUAUCAAUGGUUGUCGUAAUGUAAAUUGUCAAAAUAAAAACUGUGCAUCUUCAGCCAAUUUUGCGCAUCCGGGUAUUACACCAAAUCAAGCGGCUGCCCUAGCAAUCGAAUUAACAGUCAACCGUGCUGAUCUUUGUUUAUCUACUAAUGCAAUCUUAUCAUCUUCUGGAAUGAGCAAUCCAUCAACUUCACGUUCUGUGGAACCUGAAGUUAAUAGUGAUGAUAACGGUGGUGAAACGUCGAACGAAAUCAACGAAGCGUCUAGUUACCUUCCUCAAGAGCCUUCAAAUCUUCAAACGACUUCUAUCCCUUCAUCACAACAGCUUGUUGCUAAUUCAGAUGCCAUAACAUCAGGUCCUGAUGAAGAUUCAUUUCAUUCUCUGAUGACACCCGCUGAAGUUACUCGGUUAAUUAUGUUUCUGUUUGAUGCUUCGGAAAAUGACGAAAUCAAUUCUUCCCAGCUAAACGAGCCAGCUUCUGGAAUUAUUACAGAGGACUACUCGGCGGACCAUGAUAACUCUUUGACUUCCGCUUUCCGUAGUCGCAAUCCUCUGUUUGGAACAUCUAGGCCAUCUAGUUCGAGCUCUGAUACUUUGAAAGCCCUCAAAGGACCAACAAGCCAAAAUAACCACACAACUCCAUCAUUGAAUACAUCUAUCGAACGUGAAUCCCGUAAAACCGGUUUGUCAUUAACCGAGUUACAGAAAGCUAUUGAAAUGGCGAGGAAAAAUGGAGAGUGGUCCUGUCUUAUAAGUUUAUUAAAUUCAGUUUUCAGUUCGUAUGAUGCAUUAUCAAGUAGCUUCUUACAUGAAUUAUGUGUGGUUAGAUCGGGAAAGCAAUCCAAAAAGGAUAAAAAGACCAAAGACGUCUCAGACUCAUCACUGUGUAGCACCAGUGCCAAAACGCUAAAAGAUUACAAUGAAGUUAUUCCACCAACUGUAAAUAAUUCUGAUGGCUCGGUUGACAACGUAACAGAAUCUUCUUGGGUCGAUGGUAUGACAAGUAUCUCAACAGAUUGUCCUGUUUAUCAAAAUGAUGUAGAAAUGGAUGAUCAACAAGUAAACACUUUGAACUCUAUUGAAAUUAUUGAGAAAUCAGAAAACAAUAUUUAUUGGCCAUCUGUUAAUCUUAAUGAUCUACGUAAAGCUUGGUCUAUGAUUGUAUCUAUACCUGAACGUCAAAAUAUUGUCGAUACACUAAUGAGAGCUGUUCGUCGUUUGGUUGUGAUAAGUUUACAUCAACUUUUAGUUAUUCAACCACCUGACGGAUUAGAUGAUAAUCAACCAACUACUGAAAUAGCUAUUAUUCAACAACGUUUAGUGAAUCUUUUUAUUAUUCUUUAUGAAUGUCCAUUUGCAACAGAUCCUUUACAUUUUGAGCUUUUAUUGUUAAAUAUUAAUCGUGCUGUAACUUGGCUUCCAAACACAAUACAAGUUAUGUUAUGUCGAGCAUGGGCUAAUUCUGUAAACACACCGUUAGCUAAUUGUACAGAAUCACCAAAUCCAGAACAAACUAAUUUAUGGUGUCUACAAAAAAUUCUAUUACAUCAUAUUACUUUACGUUGUUUAACUACAGAUCAUGGUUUACCAAAUGAAGAUAAACAAAUUUGUGAAGCCGCACUUGUAUUACGUAUUGUUUACUAUGCUAGUCUAUUGGCUGGUCAAAUGGAUUCACCUAAAUUAUUAGAAAUGGAAGCUGAAGAGAAUAGAUUAUUUGAACAACAAAUGCGUGCUCAUAUUGGACCUACUUAUGAAAGGCGUUCACGUGUUAGUUUACCUGAAGAUCCAUUUGCUAAAGCGCUGAAUAUUUCUCCUAAUGAUUGUCGUACACCAUUUAUUCCAGCUAAAGAUUUUGUAAAUGAAACACUCAAUGAUGGCCUACAGCCAAAAAAAGAUUAUAUUUAUUAUCGUUCAAAAGGUAUAUCAAAUGAGUUAAGCUUUAUGAAAUUACCAUUUCUGUUACAAACUAGUUCAAAAUCUGUUCUAUUGUAUUAUGAUAAUCGUAUGCGUAUGCUAGAUGAACGUCGAGGUGUUCUGAUGCAUACUUUUCUCAUGGAUACACCUGAAAUGCCUUUCUUUAAACUGCGUGUUCAUCGGGAUAGAAUUGUUGAAGAUGCUUUGUUAAUUUUGGAAAUUGCUUGUAUGGAAAAUCCGGGUGAUUUUAAAAAACAACUUCUCAUCGAAUUUGAUGGCGAACAAGGAAUUGAUGAAGGUGGACUUAGUAAAGAGUUUUUUCAACUGAUUAUUGAACGUAUUUUUAAUCCAGACUAUGGUAUGUUUGUACUAGAUGAAGAAACUCAAAAUUAUUGGUUUAAUCCAGUUCCUCUGGAUGAUAUGGAACGUGAAUAUUGUUUAAUUGGGACGUUAUUGGGUUUAGCAAUUUAUAAUGAUGUUAUAUUGGAUAUUAAUUUCCCGUCAGUGUUGUAUCGAAAAUUAGUUGGAAAAUUGGGUACAUUCGAAGAUCUAUUUGAUGCUAGACCUAGUUUAGCCCAAGGAUUAAAAAAUUUGUUGGAAUAUGAACAUGAUGAUAUUGAAAACGUAUUCGGUUGUUCGUUCUCUGUCAAUUACCUUGAUCCAUUCGGUAAUGUUGUUACACAUGAAUUAAAACCGGAUGGAGCUACAAUUCCAGUUACAAAAGAAAAUCGUCAAGAAUAUGUAGAUUUGUAUUCAAGUUUCUUGUUGAAUGAUUCUGUUAAAAAACAAUUCAAUGCUUUUCGAAGAGGUUUUCAAAUGGUUGUUGAUGAAAGCCCAUUAACAUUUUUAUUUCGUCCAGAUGAAUUAGAGCUACUUGUUCGUGGAAGCCCAGUAUAUGAUUUCAAUGAAUUAGAAAGAGUCACUACAUAUGAAGAAUAUACAUCUGAUUCACCUGUAAUUAAAAAUUUCUGGUCUAUAGUACAUUCAAUGACUAAAGAACAAAAAAAGCAACUAUUACAAUUUUCUACUGGUUCUGAUCGUGUACCAGUUGGUGGUAUGUCAAAAAUGAAAUUUACUAUAGCACGUCAAGGUUCUGAUACUAAUAGAUUACCGUCUGCUCAUACUUGUUUCAACAUUCUUUUAUUACCGGAAUAUCAAAGUUUGGAAAAAUUACAACAAUCAUUGUUACUGGCGAUAACACAUUGUAAAGGAUUUGGAAUGUCAUAAAUCCAACUUGUCUUCUCCUUCUUUCUUUUUAUCCUUUGCAUAACUUCUUUGUUCUACCGUUGGUGAACUACUUUCUUCCUUCCUUUUUUUCGAUUUCCUAUAGUUCGUUUUUUUGGUUACUUACGGAAUUUCUCUUUCUCGAAAGAAUAAGGGAAUUAUUAAUCAAUGACUUGAAAUCCAGUCACUAAUUUAUCAUAAUUUUUUUGAUCGAAUCUGUACUACCAACCUUGUUUGUUUAUGAUCAAUGUUCAAUAGCAAGUCCAACACAUAUAAACACCUACUUACUUAUAAACAACAUGAUUUUUUUGCAUAUACUUACAUAUAUAUUGGCAGCAGACAGCAAUUACAAUUUCGUAAAAUCUGCUCAAAUUAUUGAAUAUACAGUGAAAUAUAUCAGUAUUUGUAAUACUAAAAAUAAAUGAUAACUAUACAAAGAAACAGAAGAUCAACACAGUGUUUUGACGUUUACGUAAUGAUCUACACAUCAUAUUUGUAACACAAUGUAAACGUGCAUGUGAUUUACGUAUUCAGUUGAUCAAAUGAAUUAGCUGAUUAAAUCAUAUAAUAAUAAUAAAUAUGACACAUCUCUUCGAUGAAUCUAGAUUAGCUUUUUUCGUCCAUUCACCUGUCAAUGUAUGAACCUGUUUGUCUAUGUGAAUACAUGUCUUUCUUUCUGAAAUGUCCAGUAUACGGUGGGAACACUUGAGGAGACUAUGAAAUAAUUGUGUAACGAUUCUCACUGUACAUCGUUUUUCCACGAAGAAAACACAACUGCAACAUUUAGCCAUAUGUUUCGGUUUCUUUUUUAAAAAACGAAAUUUAGUUUCAUUUUCUCUAAAUUAUGAACUUUAGUUUUUUUCCCGUUUUAUAAUGAACUUUGUAUUUGACGCAUUUUUGAAAAAUUUUCUCAUCUUUCAAUGAACGACGUGGUAAUUGAUCAAAGGUCUUUAUAAUAAAUUUAUUAUGUGGAUUUUUGUCUUUUACAUGUGCUCUUUUUUCUUCUUCCUCUCUGUUCCUCAUUUUAAAUGAUUGAUGUAACUAUGAAUAUAUUAUUUAUUGUGAUGUGAGUACUACUGGUAUGAUGACCGUUAUCAGUAGUAUAUAAUGCAGACACAUAAUUACAUAUAAUAAAAGUAAAUUAGAAUUGCAAAACAAAAUAAACGUUGUUUACUAUUUGUCCACGUUGUUUGUCUUUUUCAUUCAUUGAUUUGCCUUUCAAUUUCAAACAGUUUCUAGUUGUUUGAUUGUACGCUUGUAUUGUCACUUUUUAGGUUCUAUUAAUAUUUCUACACAUAUAAAUUCUUCUCUCUAGUAUGUUUAGUCAUUAAAAAGUUCAUUUACUGUGUACGUUGAAAUAUUUUAAUGUCUGUUGAGUGUAUGGUGUGUUAUACCAUCGUUAAGAUUAAGAUAAUUCUUAAUUGUGAUGGCUUUUUAAGAGUUUUACGUUUGCUGCGUUUUCUAGAUCGAAGUCUCGUAAUGAAAUUAUUGUUAAAAAGGUUGUUAUUUCAGUUUGUUGAUGAUUUCUAUGUAGAUACUUUCAACUAACAUGAAACUCGACUAUCCUACAUGCUCAUUGACGACUAGUUUACUACAACAACCUUGUAAAUGUUUCCUUUUUUCCAACUGUCAUUAUAUGACUGGUAAUAUUUUGUAUUUCGCAAUAAAUGACAUUAUUUGGUUUCAUAAAUUGUUGACAAUAUAAAAUCUAGAAAAAUGA